UCCGCAUCCGCAGGCCUCGGUCGCUUGGCUGGGACGCCGUUACCUUAGCUCUCCUUCACCCUCUCGCCACCGCCCUCUCAAAUUGGUGAGCUGGGAGGUUUCCAAGGCAACCGUGCAGCCGGGCGGAUCUCCGUAGGAGAAAAACGCAACCCGGAAGUGACGUCCUUACCUCGCGCCCGCGGUGAGAGGGUUCGAAGAUGGCGGCGCGCAAGGGUAGGCGGCGCACGUGUGAAACCGGGGAACCCAUGGAGGCCGAGUCCAACGACGCAGGGACCGAAGGCCCGGCCCAGGUCUACCUGCCCGGCCGCGGACCACCGCUGCGCGAAGGAGAGGAGCUGGUCAUGGACGAGGAGGCCUACGUGCUGUACCACCGCGCGCAGACUGGAGCCCCUUGUCUUAGCUUCGACAUAGUCCGGGAUCACCUGGGAGACAACCGGACAGAGCUUCCUCUUACACUUUACCUGUGUGCUGGGACCCAGGCGGAGAGCGCCCAGAGCAACAGACUGAUGAUGCUUCGGAUGCAUAAUCUGCAUGGGACAAAGCCCCCGCCAUCGGAGGGCAGCGAUGAGGAGGAGGAGGAAGAUGAAGAGGAUGAAGAAGAGCGGAAGCCUCAGCUGGAGCUCGCUAUGGUGCCCCACUAUGGCGGCAUCAACCGAGUCCGGGUAUCAUGGCUGGGCGAGGAGCCGGUGGCUGGUAUAUGGUCAGAGAAGGGCCAGGUGGAGGUGUUUGCACUGCGGCGGCUUCUGCAGGUGGUGGAUGACCCCCAGGCCUUGGCGACCUUCCUCCGGGACGAGCAGGCCCGUGUGAAGCCCAUCUUCGCUUUCGCGGGCCACAUGGGCGAGGGUUUUGCACUGGACUGGUCCCCCCGGGUGUCUGGGCGACUGCUGACUGGUGACUGUCAGAAGAACAUCCACCUCUGGACGCCCACGGACGGCGGCUCCUGGCACGUGGACCAGCGGCCAUUUGUGGGCCACACACGCUCUGUGGAGGACCUGCAGUGGUCCCCAACUGAGGACACAGUGUUCGCCUCCUGCUCAGCUGAUGCCUCCAUUCGCAUCUGGGACAUCCGGGCUGCGCCCAGCAAGGCCUGCAUGCUCACCGCCGCUGCCGCCCACGACGGGGAUGUCAACGUGAUCAGCUGGAGCCGCCGGGAACCCUUCCUGCUCAGCGGCGGGGACGACGGGGCCCUCAAGAUCUGGGACCUGCGGCAGUUCAAGUCUGGCUCCCCGGUGGCCACCUUCAAGCAGCACGUGGCCCCCGUGACCUCGGUCGAGUGGCAUCCCCAGGAUAGCGGGGUCUUCGCGGCCUCGGGUGCAGACAACCAGAUCACACAGUGGGACCUGGCCGUGGAGCGCGACCCCGAGGCAGGCGACGCGGAGACCGCGGACCCCGGGCUGGCGGACCUGCCCCAGCAGCUCCUGUUUGUACACCAGGGCGAGACAGACCUGAAGGAGCUGCAUUGGCACCCACAGUGCCCCGGGCUCCUCGUCAGCACCGCCCUGUCGGGCUUCACCGUCUUCCGCACCAUCAGCGUCUGACCAGCCCCACCUGGCCUUUCCCCUGGCCACCGAGGUUGGCGUUGGUUCCGCCGGGAGGGACUCCUUCAGGUCAGCUGACCAGCCCUCCUACGAUAGAAGGACUUGGCCUGUCAGCCGCCAUGACGGAUUGUUUGACAUUUUGUUCUUUGAAAGGACUUGAUUUGGUCCCACGACCCCUCUUGCCAAACGAUCUGGUUUGACCCAUGACUGUAGAACUACUUGGUUCAGUCCAGGGAGCCUUCCAACCACAGGGCUCGGUUUGGCACCGGGGACCCCUCCUGCAGAAAGACUUGGUUUGGCCCAGGCUGCCCCCCCCGCCCCCCCCACCUGUUUGAGGACCUGCUGGCCUGUUUCCCAGUGUCACUGUGGAUGUUUUGUGCGCUCUGGCACCUGGCUUGACCCUUUGACCUCUCCAUCCCAGGACCCAGUUGUGGCCUCUGGUCUUCCCCCCCCCCCACCGGGAACUCGAGCACUUUACAGUGGGUGGGCUGAAGUUGAGGGGUGGGCUCCUCCAGCAGAAUCUGGUUUUGCCCUUUGUCUUCCUGCCAAACAGGGUUUGGCUCAGACUUCCCAGUGGGGGGCUGUGAGGGUCUUCCUCCCCUCCAUCCUGCAUCCAAGGCAGGCGCUGUGCGGGGAGGAAGGUCCAGGGCUCCUGAGGCAGUAAAGGACCAGAAGGAGGC